UGAUUCAUUAUCCAGUUGCAUACAAUUGUGUGGACUUAUUCCCACCACCCAUCCCUCCACACAUGCAGAUCCUUUCUUUCUCCAACAACACUUUCCUUCUCACAACCUCCAUCCAUGGCUGCCACCAACCCUCUAUCCCUUUCCUGCUCCUCCCAAACACACACUUCUCCCCAUUUCCUUCUCCCUCGUAAACCUUUCCUUCUCCUUUCCACUCGCCACUCAAAGUCAAACCACUAUGCACGCCCAAAGUCUCUCCGACUCACCACCACCUGUAAAGCCACACAAGUGUCCCUCACUGAAGAGUCGUCUCCUUCCGGAAACUGGGUUCCGGUAGUGCCAGUGUCAGCUCUGCCUAGAGGAGAGCGGCGCGUGAUUAUUCAAGAAGGGGAAACGAUACUGCUUCUUUGGUAUAAAGAUCAAAUAUUCGCCAUUGAAAAUAGGUCACCUGCUGAAGGUGCAUACUCCGAAGGAUUGAAAAAUGCUAAGCUCACUCAGGAUGGUUGUAUAGUUUGUCCAACAACUGAUAGCACAUUUGAUCUAAGAACAGGAGAGAUCAAAGAAUGGUAUCCAAACAAUCCUGUUUUGCGAGUCCUAACGCCGGCUUUGAGGAGUCUCUUUGUAUAUCCUGUCAAAACAGAUGAAAAAAACAUUUACAUCAGCAUCUCAGGAGGUUUCAAAUCUGAUGCUGCUACUGAAAUUGUCUUUAGCGGGAAGGCGCAGCCCGGUAUAACAGCAUCCGAUGUCAAUGUCGAUGAGGUUAAAAUGGUGGUUGAUGAGACUCAACUGGGAUUCGGCUUUAGUAGAAAGAACGAAAUAAUAAACGGUAAAGCGGCUGUUAUUGGAUUCCUUCUGUUGUUGGAUUUUGAACUUUUAACAGGAAAGGGACUCUUAAAAGGAACAGGUUUCUUGGAUUUCAUAUACUCCGCGUCUAAUGCUCUCAAUUAGACGUCGGCCGUGUUUGGACUAUGGUUGGAUUUGUGGUAGCAUUCUUUCCAAUGCCGGUGAACUGAUAAGUAGCAAAGAGUUUCGCUUCUCUGAAUCAUGUUUGUUGGUGAGCAUGCUGCAGAUUUAAUUCUGCCAAAUCACAAUAUGUUCUAUGAGUAAUCACAUUUACUUUUUGUAUGCUUUGUAUCUAUCUAGUAGUGUAAGGUCAUUAUGAGUUUAGAUUGUGGCUAAUGUACAAUCUUUUAUGUAUUUUUUUCUGCAUAUUGUUUCAGUAUACUAUACUCAAUUUUUAUAGUUCACAUUUAUAAA